UGACAAGGUUUCCCAACUUUGCCACGACGCCACGACCUGGCUUUCUUCACUUUGCUUCGACCAUGAUCUGCUUUCUUCAAACGAUGCGUUAUCUGCCGACUCAUUCUUUGGAAAUCACAACAUAAAAGCUUGCCAUUCAGCUUUCGGCAGACGACUGGUGAUACCACAGAUAAGAAUAUUUGGGCCCACACGACAUCUUGUUCUCUCCCAUGGUCCUGUCGACCACAAUCUUGAAGGCAUUGGAAGAAAUGUGUCGUUACGGAUCAGCAUUCUUCACACCCACAGGGCUGGUGCUCUGCUUCCUGGUGGCUACCAUCACUACGGCCACUGCUUUCUCCGCCCGAUCAAGUACAUCUGCUACAAAUGUCAAAGGGCUGACAACAACAACAAGUACUGCAUCCAAUGAAACCACUCCAUUGAUCGUUCCAAAUAAGGAAAUCAGCACAACCAAAAAAUCCUUUUCUCUGUUCUGUAAACCAUCCACUUUUGCUCCUGCACAGGGACGGGAGCCAUCAUUUCUGAAAAAGCAGCUGCGUCGAUUUACGGUUUUCCGCGUGGCGUUCCAAGUCUUUCUAGAAUACAAGUGGGCGCAACGCCAAGCCAAGAGACGCAAAAAGCGACUUCAGUUGGAUCCUGAUGAUCCAGACAGCGAUGAUCAUCCUGAAAUUCAAGCUUACUGGAGUCAGGUCCACGACCGAAACGCCAAAAUGCUGCUGAAAAAGAUUCA